GCAAAAUAAGUGACCUUGCUACUGCUGCUGCUGCACACAGACACACACACACGCACACACACACACGCACAUACAUACACAUUCAGGCCUACACAUCCUCUACAUGCUCUCACUCUCAGUCGACUCAGAGUCAUCGUCUCCAUCCCAUCAGUACAACGUUGCAUUUUCUUGAAGCAGAAAAGAGUCCCUCAAUGGACGACAUUAAACUAUAAAGAGUGCACAUUGCAAUGAGUCUCCCUUGAACAUGGAUCGUUGGAACAGAGGAGGCGGGAUAAAACAAAGAUCUGUUCAUAGUGACAACUCAGAUGAAUCAGACUACCAUGUGCCAGAGGAACCUGUUAUACAUUUUCCCAGACCGAGACAAUCACCUUCAGAGAGUGCAGGCAUCUGUCCUGUGAGGGAACCGCAUCCUUUUCUCAGCAAAGCCAAAGACUUCAGGACCAUUAUAGACACUCCUCCACGACUGCCAAAGCGGCCCCCAGGAAGCGCAGCACCAAUUGUCAACCGUGACCUAAAGCCAGGGAGACAGGGGAAGGUCACUUCAGAGCGAAGAUCGAAGACUUUAGGCUCAAAUGAAACGACUACAAAAAUCCCACAGAGGCCAGUGAGAUCACUUCCACGUGACUGUUUUGAUCACAGUGACAAUGCUCCUCCGUCCAGAUCUCCACCCUGUGCGCCAGUGCGCACACCACACAUAAACACACGCACUGCCGCAGACAGUGGUGCGAGUCUUUCAGAGAGCGAGAGCGUAAGCCCUAGUAACAGCAGAUUAACAGGUAUCCGAAGUGGCUCCAGUCACCGACACUCGCUGGAUCUGGAGACACAUGAACAGGAGAGAAGAUAUUUGACAAAAGGGAACCCUGGAAUAGAUUCAAGCAGACAGAUGCACCAUGAGUGGCCGCAAGUUAAAGCAGACACGGAGCAGGCCAGCUACACAGGACACAGCAAACCAGUAGAGGUAUCUGCUGAGCAGGAAUGGUAUGUAGGAAGCUUUAGUAGAGUGGAAGCAGAACAUGCACUUCAUCUGGUCAACCAGGAGGGAGCUUUUCUAGUGCGUGACUGCUCCAAGAACACUAAACAGUUGCCCUACGUCCUGGCCAUAUUUUAUGACAACCGAGUCUUUAAUGUGCAGAUUCGUUUUUGUAUGGAGACCAACAAGUACACACUUGGAACCAGAAUCAAGACUGAUGAUGCUUUUGACUCAGUGGCGGAGAUCAUCAAGUUCCACUCCAUAUUUCCCAUCUUGCUCAUCGAUGGACGAAACCCGUCAGCUGUGUCCGCUCACAACAGACAGUGUGUCCUCAUGUAUCCCGUCACAUUAGAGGACAUGAGGCGACUGCUGAGCUAAACAAUAGAUGACAAAACAUAAUGCCAUCCUGAGGAACAAAUAUGCUCCCUCUGUAUGAAAUACAAUAAAAAAACCAAACACA